UUUCAUGAUUGACGGGCUCGGCCCUCUACGACUCAACAGACACAGCUUUCCCUCAUCCUGAAGAAAGUGGAGACCUACAUCCAACUCUACUAGCCUUCACGAUUGAAUACGCGCCAUGUGUGUUUACCAAAUUCACUGGCUUUCUUGGCGACAUCGAACGAUCGAGUGGCUCACAAUGGCCAAGCCACCGCAUCAAUCCGCCUUCCUAACAAGUACUGUACCCCUCCUGUCUCCGUCUUGCUAGAGAUCUAGCAUCGAAUUCAGUUUUAGUCGCUCUAUCUUGAUAUUGUAUCCAGGCAAAAAAGACAAUAUGCUGUCGGCAUCCGCAAAGUUAGCAACGAGAAAGUUGGUCGGGUCCAACCGAAUCAGUGCGGCAGUUCCAAUACCAACCCAAGCAUUCAGCACAUCUUCGGCACGUCACGAGGAGGAGGAAAACGUUGCUGUGUUGCAUUUGAACAAUUUGCAGGAUAAUCCUGGAGCUGUGAAAACGAAACGCCGCGUGGGACGAGGAAUUGGUUCUUCGAAAGGAAAGACGGCCGGAAAAGGUCACAAGGGACAGCGAGCUCGGAAUCGUAGCAGUAUCCCCACUGGAUUUGAAGGUGGACAGACCAAGUUCUGGAAGCUGCUACCCAAAAAGGGCUUCAACAACACGUAUCAUCGAAAGAAAAAUUUGGCUGAUAUGGAGGUCCUCAAUUUGGGAACCAUUCAAGAUUACAUUGAUAUGGGACGAUUGAAACUAUCAGACGACAACAACACUGUCUUGGGAGUUGCAGAUUUUAUCCAGGCUGGAAUUUUCAAGGAUAAGGCGUCCAUGCACGGUGUCAAGCUAUUGGCAAAGGGAAAGGAAAGGUUCCAUUCUCCUGUGCGUCUUGUGGUCAACAGAGCCAGCGAGGAUGCCAUUGAACACACAGAGAACGUAGGAGGACAAGUGACAACAACGCACUACAAUAGGCUGGGAAUGAAAUCCUUGAUUCGGCCAGAAAGUUUCAUGCAAGUGGCCUCAGAGGAACAAGACCCUGUAUAUCUGCUUCCAAAGCAGGCACGGCCUCCUCCCAAAUAUCAACCCUACUAUACUAGUUGGAAGAACAGAGGGUAUCUGUGUCCUCAAGUGCAAAUGAGAGAGUGGUUAGAUGCGAGGCCAGAACAAAAGGAGGCUUUCGAAAAGGCUCUCGAGAGCAAAGUCAAGGAGGAUUCAUGAACCUAAUAAGUUUCCUUUCCAGCUUCAUUACUACUACUUGUUACUAGCUAGACAAGAGCAUUUCUACAAUCAGUACGAAAGCAAAUUCAAGGUUAACAUGACAACGUAUCGUAGUGGUAGCCGUAAUCGUCGCUCCGCAUUGCAGUCUACAGUUGUCACUAUUGAAACGACACCGAAACUCUUCUAGCUGCUGGAUAAAGAUCUGAUCUUACAUCGAUUAUUAUAGUGAUCCAUAAGUUUCGCCUCUACCGUAGCUAGAUAAGCACAGGUACCUUACUCAAC